CUCUUUGUUUAUUAGAUGUCACUACUGUCAAUGACAUCACGAUUAUUUGCCACGGGUCGACCGAACCAAUUUUGACACUGAUUAUUAUUAACACACGCACGCACACAUAUAUAACUAUAUAUACCUAGCCACACACUCAGACAACGUUACAGUCUUUGUUUUUUUUACAUGUUGGCGAGAUACUUCAUUAUUUUGGAACUGGACUAAAGAUCUUGCGCAACCAUCUAGGAUACAGAAGACAAACGACAUAGAGAGUAUACAAGCCUGGAUUUCCCGUAGUUUACUCUUUCGGAAGCGAGAGUAAGUAACUAUUCGAUCUUUAGGUAGCCAUAUUGGAUGAGUUGUAGUAUAGGAGAUUGGAGCAUUCCUCGCUGAGCGACGAUAACGCUUAGUGGAGCUGAAAUAAACUGUCAGGGACGUUGCUUACGACUAGACUAUUGCUGUAUACUUUAUUAGAUCACAUCAACUCAAAAGUCAACGACUAUAUUGGCGCAAAUCCAAAAAAAUGUUGUAUUAAGAAAUAGAGCAAUUUGGUCAUUGAAAGUUUAUCUUUUAGCAUUGGUGCUUCUCAACAUGGCGAACAUCUUCAAAACUUCUAUUGGUAUGCCAACCCCGAAGAGAUUACGGGACCUGAUAAGGGAGAUCCGAUCAGCCCGUACUGCUGCUGAUGAACGGGCUGUAGUGAACAAAGAAUGUGCCCAAAUUAGGGACUCAUUUAGAGAUGAAGAUAACACUUAUCGUUGCAGAAAUGUGGCUAAAUUAUUAUAUAUACACAUGCUUGGCUAUCCAGCUCAUUUUGGUCAGCUGGAAUGUUUAAAGUUGAUUGCCUCAUCUCGAUUCACAGACAAAAGGAUUGGUUACUUAGGAGCAAUGUUAUUAUUGGAUGAAAGACAAGAUGUUCACCUUUUGAUCACAAAUUCAUUAAAAAAUGAUCUUACCCAUCAGAAUCAAUAUAUACAAAGCUUGGCAUUGUGUACUUUAGGCUCUGUAUGCUCAACAGAAAUGAGCCGAGAUUUAGCAGGAGAGGUAGAAAAAUUAUUAAAGUCUUCAAAUGCUUACAUAAAGAAAAAGGCUACUCUGUGUGCUUUUCGCAUAAUCAGAAAAGUACCAGAUCUUAUGGAAAUGUUCAUUCCAGCAACUAGGUCUUUGCUCAAUGAAAAAAACCAUGGAUUGCCAGGUCAUCCAGGUGAAGGAUAUAUCCCAUGCAACAGACAUGCUGGGCGAUGGGCUAGGACUGUGUCUCCAAACGGUGUGUUAUUGACAGCUGUCUGCCUAAUCACAGAAAUGUGUGAAAAGAGUCCAGACACACUGCUUCAUUUUAGAAAGCUUGUUCCACAGCUGGUUCGUAUUCUUAAAAAUUUGAUUAUGGCAGGGUAUUCUCCUGAACAUGAUGUAUCCGGUGUUAGUGAUCCAUUUCUUCAAGUAAAAAUCCUUCGGCUAUUAAGGAUACUUGGUAGACUGGAUUUGGAAGCCAGUGAGACAAUGAAUGACAUACUUGCACAAGUUGCUACAAACACAGACACCAGUAAAAAUGUAGGACAUGCUAUCUUGUAUGAGAUAGUUUUGACCAUCAUGGGUAUUCAGUCAGAAGCUGGUUUGAGAGUUUUGGCUGUAAAUAUUUUGGGUAGAUUCCUUUUGAAUAGUGACAAAAAUAUUCGAUAUGUUGCUUUAAACACACUACUGCGAGUUGUAUAUGCUGAUCACAAUGCUGUACAGCGACACCGGACCACAAUUGUUGACUGCUUGAGAGACCCUGAUAUUUCUAUUCGGAAACGUGCUAUGGAACUAUGUUUUGCUCUCAUCAGUAGCUCCAAUGUACGAGGAAUGGUUAAAGAGCUGCUUACAUUUCUGGAAACCUGUGAUCCUGAAUUUAAAGCAGACUGUUGUUCCAACAUAGUCUUGGCUGCUGAAAAGUAUGCACCAAACAAACGAUGGCAUAUUGAUACUGUGGUAAAAGUUUUGACAACGGCUGGUAAUUCAGUGCGUGGAGAUGUAGUCUCUAUUUUGAUUCAGUUAAUAGCUAGUACCAGCAAUCUACAUACAUACACAGUUUAUCAACUGUAUAAAGCUAUUGGAAUGGAUAUCGAGCAGCAACCUUUGGUCCAAGUUGCUUCUUGGUGUAUUGGUGAAUAUGGAGACCUUCUAGUGAAUGGACAUUGUGAUGAAGAAGAACCAUUAAAUGUAAAAGAAGAUGAUGUUAUAUCUGCUUUAGAGAAAGUCCUCUCUAACAACAAUUCUUCUAUUGUAUCUAAAGAAUAUGCCAUAACAGCACUACUGAAACUUAGUACCAGAUUUUCAGAACUUUCUUCGAAAAAAAUUAAAGAUGCAAUUAUUAAAUAUAGUCGGAGUACUAUAGUAGAAUUACAGCAGCGAUCUAUAGAAUAUUCUUCUCUCUUCUCCAAAUAUGAUCAUAUGAGAGGUGCCCUGCUGGAACACAUGCCUUUGAUUGAGAGUAAACGUCAGAGUAUGUACAACAAUGAAAGUUUACAAGAAAAUGACUUAUUAAAUGGAGAUGUUGAAAAGACCAAUGUACAGAACACUCAACACACUGAGAGUCAAAAUAUUUUGGAUCUUAUUGGUGAUCUUGGAUCUGAUCCAGUCAUAAAUACCAACCAAGAACCACAGAAACCGACUGCUGCCACAGAUCUUCUUGAUCUUCUUGAUGUUGGCGUCAGCAGUACUAAUUCAGACAAUAUAAAUACAGGUCCCCCUUCAAUGAAUAAUUUGAUAGAUGGCCUUAUACAUUCAUCUACACCUUUGAACAAUCAAAUUAAUGGCAAAUCUGGUUUAGCAACUAUUGUGGCUUUCAAUAAGAAUGGUUUGUUAAUUGAGUUUCAUUGUGAAAAGGAUGAGACUCAGAGUGGUGUCACAACCAUCAACCUUAAGGCUACCAACACUACUCCAUUGGCAAUAUCAGACUUUGUAUUUCAGGCUGCCGUUCCAAAGUCAUUCCAACUGCAACUCUUGUCUCCGUCAGGAAAUGCCAUUCCAGCCCAAAACAAGGGAGCUGUCAGUCAAAUAAUCAAAGUGAAUAAUCCCCAGAAGCAACCUCUUCGUAUGCGUAUCAAGCUUUCAUAUUCCCAGAAUGGCAACACAGUUACUGAGAUGAGUGAAGUGAGCAACUUUCCGGAAAAUCUGUGGCAAUGAUACAAUAAUCCCAAAGAUAUACCUGGCAGUUCCAGCAGGUUACAGAUCUCUGUCUGUCUGUCUUUCUCCUCCUCUCUCCUCUCUUUCUCCCUCACCUCAUUCUGCCUCAUGAAAAUACAGGCUUUUGCUUUCUGUCUUACCUUGUCUUUUUUUUUUUUUUUUUUUUUAAACAAUUAUAGACAGGGAAGAAACUGCACUCCAUUAAUUUCAGUGACUGGAUUUUAAACAGCUUGAAUCUUACUUUGACUUCUACUUUUUUUUUAUGUCUGUUCAAUACCAUCUCCUUUGCUGAUGUCAAUAACCAUCUAAUACAUAGCAACAAUGUUGUAAAAAGAAAUAUCAACUACCAAAUCCUUUACAGAUUUCCUGGAAGAAAAAUUAUAUAAAAUAUAUUGAGUAACCAUUAUAUGAGUUUAUUGAUCAAAUAAAGGCACGGUGUUGAUUAAACCUAACCCAGACAUCCCUCCCUAUUCUCCACUUUUACUCAAUUUUCUAAAGGGUAUAUAUAUAUAAUUAGCAUACCCUUCCAACAUAUCUUUUUACAAAAAUCACAUACACAGAGGCAUAUGCUUAUGUACACAUAUACAUACUUAUAUGUAUACACACACACAUACAUAAACACACAUACAUAAACAUUAUAUAUAUAUAUGUACACAGAUGUUCACAGAUGCGUUAUAUGUAUAUACACAUAUAUAUAUAUAAUGACAAUUAUGAAGAAAUAUUUGUAGGUAUGUAAAUGAAAGAAAAUAUAUUUGGGGUUGUAAAAAAAAUUAUAAUAAUUAAUAAAAACCACAUACUUUAUCUAAAAUGAAAUCAUCUAACAUCAGGAUUUCACUGUAAAUAAAAAAAUAUAUGCCUCUCUGGCUGCUAAAGUGCUUGUAUUAUCAAAUUGUCUUUUGCUGGGCAAAUAAGAACUAUUUCAAUAGUUUCUUUCUCAAUUUGAUUAGGAACUUGUACCUUGUAUUCUCUAUUUGCAAAACAGUAUCUUCAAAUUCAGUUCUUAUAGUUUUAUUAUUCAGGUUAUUUUCUUUCUAGAAAUAAUAUUUAGUUUUGCUUUAUCUUUUAUUAGUCAUUAAAUUCCCACUUUUUUCCUUUCCUCCUUGGUCAGUAGUAAUUUCCUUUUUUACACUCUAUUUCAUUUGAACUGUUUAUGCUUUUUUUUAAAUUUAAAACUUGUCUAGUUAAAAUUGUCAUUGUAUUAAUUCAUAAACUUAGUCAAUAAAUACAAUGAGAUUUUUUUCUUUAUUUUUUAAUCAUUUUUAAUUUAAUUUUCUACUAGGUAAAAUUAAGCGAAACAAUCUCCAAUUCAAGCUCGAGUUAUUGACAUACUUGUCAUAUCUGUAACAUCUUUUUGUAAAUUAAUACUCUCCUAUAUGCUUGCUUGGAGAAAUAAUGUAAAAUUAUAUUGACAGUGAUUACAUGAAAAUUUGAUUUUAAAAAAAAUGAGAUUCAUUUAAUGGGAAUUGGUGAUUCAGAUUGAGAUAUUAACUUUUCUAUUGGAAUUUUUUUCAUUCUACACAAUUUUACAACAUCCAGAAUUCACAGAUAAACAAAAAGGGGAAGGCAAAUUAAUUUUAAAAAAAGUUUAAAAGAAAGAAAAUUACCAUUAGCCCACAGGAUGAAGUUUGUAUAGAUUAUCAGUUGGAUAAUGAAUUUGCAGUUAUUACUGCCACUUCCCUUCAUCAAUGGUUUGGUAUUUGAUGUAGAGCUCAACUCUGUAUUUGUUAUUCAACAUCUGUUCCUUCUACCAUUUCCUCGUGUUGUCUACCAUUACAUUAAAUAAAACCUUGAAAGGUUUUUUUAAAUAAUAAUAAUAAUAAUAAUAAUACAGAAAUUUUAAAGAAAAUGCAUAAAAUUAAAGAUAAAGACAUAAAAUAUAUUGUAAAAUUUCUAUUGCAAGAAUGGAAACCAAUCAGAUAUCAUAUUUGUAUAUGAAAGGAAUUAUCCCAACUAUGUUUAUCACUUAUUUUAUCUCCCCCUUCUCCUCCCACAACCUGUUAGGUAUGCAACAAUGUUUAAACUGAUUGUCAAAUCUUCAUAUUGAAAAAAAUCAAACCAAAAGGACAUUAAAAAUAAUUAAAAAAAAAAAAUUAAAAUGGGAUCCUGUAGUUAUUUGUUUCAAAUUUUGGAAAAGGGAAACAUACCUUUUAGAAGAAAGGGAAAGCAUGAAGAAUUGGAAUUUUCAUUACCAAGUAUCAUUCCAAGCCAAAAUGUGUUCUCACAACUAAAAUGUGUAAUAAAGGUUUUAAAGUUGAA